GUGCAUCCGACGCGCAUGAAUCACAUGCACAUAAAUAAUUUACGUAACUAGAGGGAACGACUAUAACAACGACAUCGCGACGUCCUACGACACGCUCCUUGGGAAAGUGCGCCAAUAAUAAAUAUAAAAUAAAUUACCAAACGCCUUGGAUUGCAAAAAAUCCAAUUAAACAAUACAAACAGUGAGCAGUAAAAUUUAAUUGACUAAAUUGACAAAAUUGACAAAAUCAAUUGAAGGUUUUUUUUUGUUUUCAAAGGAGACAACGAGACAAUGAGAACAAGGUGAACAUAAACAAGUAAAUUAUGGUGCGUUAUGCGUGGUUAAAUGACUGAAAAUGUGCGUGCAGAAGAAAAUGAUGAAAGUUAUGCAAAAUUGAUGUCGUGCGUGCUGCAGUUGGUUAAGUAUGGUUAUGAUUUAUGCGCCGGGGCCGCGGGAUGGUCGUCUGCCCGGUGGAAAAGCGUAAUAUCUAAUUGAAAUUAUCGAUCGUGGACAAACGCGAAAGUAUCAGUGAUAGUGCGGUGUGUAUCUAUAGUGAGGGGGAAAAUGGCGUACGUUGUCUGGAGAGUGUUUAUGAAGAAGUAUUCCAAGGUGCGCCUGGGUAUACACAAGGGGAAUGCGCAUAAUGUGACACCAUCAGGCUCACAGUGUAUAACCUAUGAUGAAGCAUCAUGGAAGGCAUCUGUUGAAGAUUCCGGAAAACCUGAACCGGAAAUAACUCUUAUUUCAUCUUCUGCAGCUCCUAUAAAACAAACAAGAGCGAAAAAAGUUAAAAAUUAUUUCAAAAAAUGUAAAGAUGCACUCGGGGCACGUAUAAAUGGAGAUUCUGCAUCUUCAGGAGGUCCUGAAGAGCAAACCUCGUGGUAUCUUGAACGGUCAACCUCUGUGUCGACGACUAGUGGCGAACAACCGGAAAUUGACAUCGAUUUAGACGGUGAUACGCCGACCGUGGUGCAUUUUCGAAAGAAAACAGACUCUGCUAACAUAAUAAGGGCUGCAGCGGAGGAUAAUGCCAAGACAAGUCAACUGCAGGAGGAGGAAGAGUUUGAUAGUGAGCAGAUGUUGGAUAGGGAUCGUCAAAGAGCGUCGGGGUCGUCCUGGGAUGAACGCGCGAGUUUAUAUGCGGAGGACUAUACGGAAAACGGGGUGAAUUCGAUUUUCUCGCUUGAGAAUGCAGACGCGAAGCGGGAAGUGCGCGAGAAUCGGGAGACUGAAGUAACCGAGUGUGUGCGAGAGGAAAGGGUUGCAGGGAUUGCUGAGAGUGAGGACUGUGAUGAUAUCAUGGGGGAGAAAUGUGACGUCGCUACUCUGGUCGACCGCCAUUUUGGAGAGCUGUACGUGAACUACACGCACACCAGAUGGAGUCUCAUCCGGCAAGCGCGCGAUCUCCUCGUGUGCGAAUAUCACGGCUGCCUCAAGCGCUUCGAACACGAAUUCUGCCUACCGGCGAGCAUGCUGCUUCAAACUGUUAAGGAUGAAAACUCACAAAAUGAUAAUCUCUCCCCACGAGGGUGGCCCCUGUGCCUGGGCGAGACCGGAAUAAUCAUCCAUCUCGGCGCACCGCGCGAAUUACAACUCCGCCAUCUCGAAUGCUACGCGUGUCUACAACCCACAGAGGGCGCUGUACACCUGCUGCUUGAAUACAAGCAUCUAGACCAGACGCAUUCAAAAGUCCUGGCGAGUGUGGAAAACUCUCAAGUGAAAAUGUGUACGACAAUCGCCAAUGCGUUGGACUUUGACGCGAUUGACUUUGAAUUACCAGACCUUCUACAGAAUCUAUUAAUCUCUGUGGAGCGUGCGAUUGAAAGAGUGCCGCUUGAUGAUUUACUCUUUCCGUGUCCGCAAUGUCACCGGCAUGUUCCGCUGGACCGCAACGAGGAGGAAACCAAUGAUUGCUCGGCGUGUUCGUGUCAAUGCAGCGAAAGUAAUGAUAACGAUAACCAGAGAGAUAAGGAGAUGAAAUUUGAGGUUACGGUUAAUAAUAUGAACAAUUUAAAGAGCGCUAAUGGUAAUAAUAAUGUGGUUAAACACGAUGUGAAUGUUAAUCUCAAUCAGAAUCAGAAGAAUACUUCCGGGUCGAUGUUUGAAUUUGUCAACUCGAUUCCGCAUAUUGAUAGCGAUGAAGACGAUGAUAAGGAAUCUAUUAAAUCUGGAAUUUCCAUGAAAAAAUCGCAAGAAAUCUUCCGUCCAACACGUAUCACCGACCUGCCUGAGAAACUUUUAAUGUCCGGUAUUAAUCUACCAGGAACUGUUGACUUAGAAGGCAGACGGAUUAUCCUUUGUUACGCCGAGUGUAUUCUACGUGCAGGACUCAAUAAAUACGAAAUCGCCAAGUUGCUUUUGUACUACGCUUCGAUACCAAGUGUUGAUAUGAGCAGUAAAGGCUUCACACUGCUCCUGAUCACCAAAACCGAUCAGGAUAACAAAGUGCUGGAGAUGCUGGACCGGUCGGCGAUUCUGAUCGCGAAUGGGAUCCGCAUCGCGCGUAUGAUCGUCUGGCAGCGGGGCAUCAAUCCGCAGCACAAGACGCUAACGAGUCGCAUUCAGGCUGUGGUUGUAUCGGAUGAAGCGACACUAUCGCAUUACAUCGAACGCGAGCAAUCGCCAGCUGAAUGCGGUGGCACUUCGACGCACCACGACCAAUUAGAAUGGGUGGAGUUUUUCAGGCAGUCGGAGCCAUUCGCCGCUAGAUGUCGUUCAGCGGGACGUGCGCUACUUGCAGCACUAGCACAACUUCGACAAGAGGAAGUGCCUUAUCAGAUUACACGGAGGUUUUUGAAUCAUCAGUGUCGGCAAAUUUCUAAAGCAGUCCAAAUUGACGCCUUAACCAAAAUCCGUGAAGAAGGCAAAACAACGCUUGCUAACCUAGAAGAGCGUGCGCAAUGGCUGUCCGGAAGUCGCGAUGUCCAACGCGCAACUUCCGAUGCGAAAAACUCAUACUCUGCGGUCCUACGCGUCGCAGAACGCUUAGAACAACUUUCAGAUGAACGUAAGGAGCGCCUAAAGGACCUAGGAAGACUACGCGUCUUACAAGAGGAAGCUGAAGAGUUACUCUCAUGGAUUCGUACCACGGGCCAAGAAAUAAUCCAAUCACAAUUCUCCGCAUUAAAAACCGCUGACGGUGUAACAGCCAUCAAAGAAUUAGAGAAGAACUUCGAGAAUUUCCAGUUCGACGCAAUGCGGCAGAUUGACAAGACGACCGACCUCAUCGAGGAGUCGAACGGCAUCAAGGAAGUAAAAGGCAAGAACCUCAAGGAGCAGACCAACCAGCUCAAGACCGAGGUGAAAGCGUUCGGCGAGCGGCUGGAGGAGCUGCGCGAACGCCUCGAGGAGGGCUCCAGAUGCUUUCAACUCCUCGACUCCUGUCAGGAUAUCCUCGAAGACGACUCCAAGGAACAAGAAGACUUCAAACGCCUUGCAUUCAAGUCCGGCAACGAUAAACUCAUACAAAUAUGCAAGGUUGUAAAACCAGCUGCAUCGACCGCAUCCGAUGAUCAAUCAAUAUUAACAAGUGAAGAAUCCGCACAGGCGACUAGCACACCAGUUAAAGCCUCCUCGACACUUCGUAGACGUUCUGUGAGCUCAUACGCGUUCAUUUACAAGUGUAACCAUCACGCAGCGGGCGUUUCAUGCAACUGUUGUGAAACCGACGCGGAAAACAGUGUUUCUUAUAAGCUACGCAAGAGAUACAUGCAAACCCUACAGAAUUGUGGCUGUAACACCACUGGAACUCAACAGAAAGACACCUUGGAGCGUAAGAGUAGUGUUACUCUGGAUGGAAUCAAAGAAGUGCGGGAAAGUGUUGAGAAUUUACUGGAACACAUCGACAGCGAUCGAAAAUCGGCGGAUAGAUGUGGACGAUGCGAUAGUGGUGUAUCCACAGCGGAUAAUUCCGUUGGGGAUGAUAGUGGAUAUAAGAAAAAGCUGGAGAGGUCGUGUUCCUGUCAGUUUUACAGGGAAAGCUGCGCGCUAUGCAGCACGAAUUCGUCUAGCACGGAGUCGAACCAAGAUCAUACAGAAAACCAGCAGGAUUCUAUUAUUGAAGAGGGCAGUGAUGGAUGUCCGAAAAGUAGUAGCAGUGAUGAUAUCGAUGAUCAUUUCACUGAGGAACGUCGAACUGUCAAACCGGUACCGUCCAAUAGCCAUCUCUACUGCCAUUCGUCGAUUUUAGACCUUCCUACGGAUGGCUUUGCAGAGAAUACUGAUCCGAAGACACAAAAGACUUUGUUGUACAUCAUGAGAGAGAUGAUACAAACAGAGCGCGAUUAUGUGAAUUCAUUGGACUAUGUUAUCGAGAACUACAUUCCGGAGUUGUUGCGUGAAGACAUCCCACAGGCACUGCGUGGUCAGCGCAAUGUUGUGUUUGGUAAUGUCGAGAAAAUUUAUGAAUUCCAUAGCCAGCACUUUCUGCGUGAAUUGGAACAAUGUGAAAAUCAUCCGUUGCAAGUUGGACAGAUCUUUUUGAAGUACGAUAAGAGGUUUUACUUGUAUGCGUUGUAUAACAAGAAUAAGCCUAAGUCGGAUUCCCUUAUGUCAGAAUAUGGGAGUGCAUUUUUUAAAAGUAAACAGAUUCAACUCGGCGAUAAAAUGGACCUGGCGAGUUAUUUACUGAAACCCGUGCAGAGGAUGGGCAAGUACGCCCUGCUGCUGCAGCAGAUGAUGAAGGCGUGCCCGGAACUCGAAGCGGGCGCCUCCGAGCGCGCGCAGAGCGAACGCGAUGAUUUGAAGCAGGCGGAACUGAUGGUGCGCUUCCAGCUGCGCCAUGGGAACGACCUGCUCGCCAUGGAUUCCAUUCGCGAUUGUGAUGUUAAUUUGAAAGAACAAGGCCGCCUGGUGCGACAGAACGAAUUCCUGGUCUGGGAGGGUCGCAAUGGCAAGAAAUCCCUACGACAAGUGUUCUUAUUCGAGGAAUUGAUACUGUUUAGUAAAGCCAGAAGGUUUCCAGAUAGAAAGAACCUCGAUUUAUACAUUUACAAAAACAGUAUCAAGAUGACCGAUAUAGGACUCACGGCGAAAAUAGGCGAUAGCCCCACUAAGUUUGAGAUUUGGUUCAGAAAACGGAAGCCAAACGACACUUUCACCCUACAAUCGAUGACUGAAGAUAUUAAAAAGGCAUGGACUGAGGAAUUGUCACAAUUGUUGUGGAAACAAGCUAUACGUAACAGAGAGGUGCGAAUGCAAGAAAUGUCUUCAAUGGGCAUCGGAAACAAACCCUGCCUUGAUAUUCGACCGAGCAAAGAUCAAAUCAGCGAUAGAUCGAUUAGUUUCGAUCAAUUAUCACGAACUGCACCGAGAUUUCGAAACUCUAUCGUUGGCCCCUCAUCGACUGACACAUGCCGAAGCGUAAGACGUCCACAUUCGGUGAUAUCUAUGUCCAGUGUAUCCUCUGGAAGCACAAGUUCCGGAGGCAGUGGACAUACAACAACCGCACCGACAAAUUUGAUCAAUUUAGGUUAUGAUGCUACUAAUUGUGGUGAUAACCCAAAGGUUUACAAUCGCUCCGGGACUUUGAACAGUCAAUGUUCAGUUGAAAGUGGAAUUAUUUCGGACAUUUCGCUGAGUCACGACGAAUGUUCCGACAGUACGACACAACACACGCAUUGGCCACCCGAGAAGCAAUCCUCGGAUGCCCCACCGGCGAAAAUCGACGAGAUAACGCCCAUUCAUUAUGUGCCAGAUGAUCUACCUGUUAAUAUUUAAUUCUACGCCCAGACAUAACCUAACCUAACCUAAUUGAUGAUUCUAACAGCGAGUAGCCGAUAAGUGCAUGUGUAUAUAUUAUUAUUGUAAACGUUAAUUUAUUCUCCGUAUGUAUUCGAAUUUAUUUUACGUACUAACUAAAGAUCGACGCAGGAACCAAACGCAACUAUUUAAUCGCAAGAAAACAACGUAACGCAACGACGGAAUAAUCACGUACUAACUCAACUUGUGCACAAAUCAAUUGACUUUUUAUGAAAAGAUUACUAUUUAUACACCACUCUAUGCAUGAUAGAGGAUUUAAGAGUUUAUAUAUUUUGUACUUAGAGCUUUAAUAUUCUGUUAUACCAGGCCGUAAUUAAUAUCAUCUGUGGAUGUGAGAUGUGCGAAGAAUUUGCAGGAGACGUAAACAGGAGACGAAUGUUUUAUAUUCCAAUCAUUAUUACCUACUAUUAUAUACCUAAUGUAAUAGACUUAAUUAAAUUACAUUCAAUUGAAUCGAUUCUGUAAGAGCUAAGAAGAUGUAUGAUUUUUAUAGUCAAGAAAUAUAAUUUAGAAUACCUAA